CCUUCCCUCCCUCUCCCGCUGCCUCCUCCGUGUUUGCGUUCCACAAAGAGAUGAUUUGAACUUCCCGGAGCCCGGGCCCGCUCCGAUGUGAUUCCCCCGCGGACGAUCCCGCGGCGCCGGGAGCUGCCCCCGCCGCGUCCUCCGCUCCUCUUUCCCCCGUUCCAUGGGCUCGGCGGGAUUCCGGGAGCUGCCCGCCACUCCAGCCAUGAGAAAACGAGGAAAAAACCCGGGAUCGCUCGUCAUGUGCCUCUCCGGCUGAAGGGAGCCGGGGGAAGGAGCGGAAUCCCCGCGCGGGGCUGGGGGACACCCGAGGAGGAGGAGGAGGAGGAGAAGGAGAAAUCCGCUGGAAUUCCGAGCUCGCCUCCUCCCGCUUCCCCGCGCGAGGCUGGAUGCUGGAAGCAGCCCCUUGGAUAUGGGAUCAUAUCUGGUGUAUCCCAGCCUGGGUUUGAUCCUCUGCUGCUCCGUGCUCAGCUCCGUCUACGCGCUGGUGGAUGCCGACGAUGUCAUCACCAAGGAGGAGCAGAUCUUCCUCCUGCUGAAGGCCAAGGCCAAGUGCGAGCGCCACCUGAAAGCCAAGGUGCCCAAGGUGCACGAUGGCUUCUGCCUGCCCGAGUGGGAUGGCAUCGUGUGCUGGCCCGAGGGCGUGCCCGGCAAGGUGGUGGCCAUGCCGUGCCCCGAGUACAUCUACGACUUCAACCACAAAGGCCACGCUUACCGCCGGUGUGACCUGAACGGGAGCUGGGAGCUGGUGCCCGGCAACAACCGCACGUGGGCCAACUACAGCGAGUGCGCCAAGUUCCUCACCAACGAGACGAGGGAAAGGGAGGUCUUUGAUCGCCUCUAUUUGAUUUAUACUGUUGGAUACUCCAUCUCCCUGGGAUCCCUCACAGUUGCUGUCCUUAUCCUGGGAUACUUCAGACGUUUGCACUGCACUAGGAACUACAUCCACAUGCACCUGUUUGUGUCCUUCAUGCUGAGAGCCGUCAGCAUCUUCGUCAAGGACGCGGUCCUGUACUCCGGGUCGGCCCUGGAGGAGAUGGAGCGGAUCUCCGAGGAGGACCUGAAAUCCAUCACGGAAGCACCUCCAGCGGACAAAUCACAGUUUGUGGGCUGUAAGGUAGCUGUCACCUUCUUCCUCUACUUCCUGGCAACCAAUUACUACUGGAUCCUGGUGGAAGGGCUCUAUCUCCACAGCCUCAUCUUCAUGGCAUUUUUCUCAGAGAAGAAAUAUCUUUGGGGAUUCACAUUGUUUGGCUGGGGACUCCCUGCUGUGUUUGUCACAGUGUGGGCCAGCGUCAGAGCCACUCUGGCCGACACAGAGUGUUGGGACUUGAGUGCUGGCAAUUUGAAGUGGAUUAUUCAGGUGCCCAUCCUGGCAGCUAUCGUGGUAAAUUUUAUUCUCUUUAUCAAUAUUAUCAGAGUCCUCGCCACCAAGCUCCGGGAGACAAACGCAGGGAGGUGCGACUCGAGACAACAGUACAGGAAGCUGCUGAAAUCUACCCUCGUCCUCAUGCCUCUGUUCGGCGUUCACUAUAUUGUUUUCAUGGCUAUGCCAUACACAGACGUGUCAGGGAUUCUUUGGCAAGUUCAAAUGCACUAUGAAAUGCUGUUCAACUCUUUCCAGGGAUUUUUUGUUGCCAUCAUAUACUGUUUUUGCAAUGGAGAGGUCCAAGCAGAAAUAAAGAAGUCAUGGAGCAGGUGGACUUUAGCCCUUGACUUCAAGAGGAAAGCCCGGAGUGGGAGCACGACCUACAGUUACGGACCAAUGGUUUCCCACACCAGCAUCACCAACGUGGCCACGCGAGGGGCGCUGGCCCUCCACCUCAACACCAGACUCAUCCCGGGGACCCUCAACGGCCACCGGAAUUUGCCGGGUUAUGUCAAAAACGGCUCCAUCUCGGAGAAUUCCAUGCCGUCCUCCGGCCCGGAGCAGUACAACAAGGACGAGGAGUACCUGAACGGCUCCGGGCUUUACGACGGAGACAGGCCCACGGCCCUGGUGGAGGAGGAGAGAGAGACAGUGAUGUGAAGAGGGGAGGAGGGGAAAAGGAAAAAAAUAAUAAUAAUUCAGCCAAAGGAUGAUAAGAAAAUGGUUCCCGGAGAGCAUUUUAGUGGGAAAAGACCGUCGGGCCACGUGGCGGAUUCCAAGGGGGUUUCCAUGCAGUUUCUCUGUUCUGUGGAAUGAGAGGUUAAGUUAUUUGGGGAAAAAAAAACAAAAAACAAAAAAACAAAAA